ACAAACUUACAAACCUUGGAUUUCAAUUUCUGCCAGCAUCUUUUUUGUUAAAAGAAAUUCAGUAUCUUCUUAAUCAAGGAUGUGGUUAAACUCCAGCACUUGGGGUCUCUACAACUGUCUGAACAUAUGUUGCAAUCAAACAGAGCAUUAGAGAGAACUGACCGACUGGGAAUGGGAAGUCUCCUGAUGUUUUCAAAGGAAAAGGUGAUGAUAUAAAAUGCAGCAUACCUCCUGUACAGAGGAUCGCAUCCAUCAUGCCCUGGAGAGAUGUCUACAUGGAUUGGAUAGAACUGUUUCGUCUAAUUGGAAGGCUGGUCUCUGUGUGAACCGUUGGAGCUUGGAAGAACUCGUGAGCAGAGAUCCCCACAGCUUUUUAAUCCUCAUCGAGAAGAUACUGCUGAAAACUCAGGAGGUGCAGGAAAUGUGUCAGUAUGACUUAUUGGUGCCACUGGCUUUAAUGUUUUAUUCUGCUACUCUACGAACUCCGUAUUUUCCACCGGAAUGUAACCUACUCAAGAAUGCAUACAGUAUCUACCAUGGUCUUCUGACGUGGCCUGUACCAUAUUGUAAUAUUUGCAAGGACCUUCUAACAUUUAUCCAAGAUGAAAUGAAGGCACCAGGAAUCUCGUUCCAGAGGUUGGUGAGAGCAGAACAAGGGUUAACAACCAAAAACCUUCAAAGCAAAACAAUAACGGUGCUUUUAUUGAAUCCCACUGAAGUAUCCAGUGAGUUUCUGUCAGUUGCCAAGAGAAUCAGCAACAACAAACAGUCUCCAGGAACCUCUUACGUCUCCCUGGUUAAGCACAUGUACCAGGCUGUUUUUGGUGUCAAAUAUAGUUUAAAUGACAUUCAACAUGUUCUUGAGUCCAAAGCUGCAGAUGAACUCCUGGACAUCUUCUCAAGUUGUUCGGAUGCCAUGGAGAUCGCAGCAACCAUGGAGGAUCCUGCUGUAGCCAAAGAAUAUUUAGUGAGCAAGUUAGAGGAGAUAAAGCAGCAGUUUGGACUCCUCCCAGAAACAGGCCAGAAUGUGACAGCGAAGCUGCAAACAAUUCCACUGCCAGUCGCCAAUUGCUAUAGCUACCAUUGGGACAAAGAUAAUUUUGAUGUUUUACGUGAAGUUCUCCUGAAAGAGUGUGACAUUCCUGACACAGCAUUACUCCCCUUGACUGACAAUAUUAAUGACGAAGAGGAAUUUGAAGAGGAAGGCGAGAAGCAUUUAAUUGAAAAUGAGCGAGAUUCCAUGGUAUCUACAAUAUCUACAACCUCAACAGAUUACAUGAAAUCAUUUGUCUCAAAUCUCUCAGACUGUUUGGACAGUGGGUAUAUAGAAGAUGGGGAUGAAAGUUCACCCGAGACAACAUGCAUGUCUGAACAGAAAGAGGAAAAGCACAGUGGAGUAGGAAAGAAACUAACAGAAAAAAUAUCGAACUUCUUUAGAGCCAGGAAUAGCCUUACAAACAAAGCUGACCCAAGAUACCAUUUAAACAAAUCCUCCUCAAACCUAAGUAAAAGCAGCUACACCUUGUCAUUGAGUAGCUUACCGCUUCGCCGAGCAGAAAGCCUGGGCUGCACUGAGGUCAAAUGUAAGCUUCCCAUGAAGUCCAGGCGCUCAAACUCCCUGCCACAGCACUGCACCUUUAAUCAUCGCUUUGAACGACACGUAGAACAAAGCACGUGCUUCAAAAGGAGACCUUAUCUCAGCUUCGAGGAUGAGUGUAAAACCAUGACACUGCGAAUUGUUGCUUUUGGUACUGACAAAGUUCUAGGAAAAGUUGCAAGAGCCUAUAGCCAUCUCAGAUUACAAGAGAGUAAAUGUCCCUUUCUCACAAAGUACUUCAGGAUGCAAUUUUUCUAUAUUCCUUUACAAAGAGACUCACUAAGAAGCCCGGUACAGUUUACAAACCACUCCCCAGAUAACCAGCAGAGACCAUCAACACAACCGGACCUCAGUUCAGUCGAGACAGCAGACAAAGAUAGUAGCAAUAAUAUUGCACGUUAUAUUGGAAUGUUGGAUUCCUGGUAUGAACGAAAUGUUCUGGACUUAUUGACCUUACCAACAGGUCUGCUUUGCCAGGAACCUUCUAAGUCUGAGAAUGAGCCUGCUGAAAGAAUGCAAGAGAAACUUUCCAUCCUGGGUGACCUGAUCCUUUAUUACUGCCGGAAUGCUACCUAUCCAGUGUUGGUCCAGCUUUACCAAGCGGAGCUAACCCUGGCAGGGGGUGAGAAACGAUCCGAGGUCUUUGUUUAUUCACUCGAACUGGGACAAUCUGCCGCCACAAGAGCAAUUAAAGCUUCAGGACCUGGGAGUAAAAGGCUUGGCAUUGAUGGUGACAGAGAAGCAGUUCCAUUAGCACUGCAGAUUGCCUACUGCAAGGCCACAGUCAGUAGAAGAAACCAAUGGAAUAAUGUAGAGAAGAACUGUACAUCUGUAAACCUUAGCAAGGCCUGCAACAAAUAUGAUGAGCUGGAAUUCAACACAGAAUACCUUCAUCUUUCAAUGACUGAGGUGGUGAAACGACAGAACUCUAAGUCUAAGAAAGGUUAUAAUCAACAAAUAAGUGUGACUAAAAUCAAGAUUGACAAGGUACAGAUAAUAGGGGUUAAUAAUACCACAUUUGCUGUUUGUCUGGACCAGGAUGAGCAAAAGGUUCUUCAGAGCGUAACAAGAUGUGAGGUGUCUGUGUGUUAUAAGCCUGAGAACAGGCUGCCUCAGAAGUUGAGGAAACAUACCACUCUCCAGAUGCAGCAGCAGUCAUCAAAGUUCUACUCACUCCUCUGUCUUCCAAUCAUUACCUUCAGUGGAGCUGUGCCAUAGGAACUGCAGAUGACAAUACAUUGUCCCUAUUGCACUACUGGCUGAAAAUAUUGUUGCACCAAAACAAAGGACUUCAUUGCAUUGUUUUGCAUUGGCACUAAUUGAUUAUUAUCAUAUAAAUCUAAUUUUACCUUGGAGAUCACAAAAUUCCUCAGAUGACACAGCAAAUGUGUAGUAAAUUGUGAUCUAAAUGGGACAAACAGUGCUUUGUAGCCAUUGCUAAUAAAAUUGCUAGGGAGGGAAAACUCAGAUUGAUUCUGAGGCAACGUAACAAAGUGUGAA